AAAUGGGUCACCAUUCAUGUUGUAACAAGCAGAAGGUGAAGAGAGGAUUAUGGUCACCUGAAGAAGAUGAGAAACUCAUUAACUACAUUACAACAUAUGGCCAUGGCUGCUGGAGCUCAGUCCCUAAACUUGCAGGCCUGCAAAGAUGUGGAAAGAGUUGCAGACUAAGAUGGAUAAAUUAUCUCAGACCCGAUUUAAAACGUGGGAGUUUCUCUCCACAGGAAGCUGCUGUCAUCAUCGAGCUUCAUAGUAUUCUGGGCAACAGAUGGGCGCAAAUAGCAAAGCAUUUACCAGGAAGAACUGAUAAUGAAGUGAAGAACUUUUGGAAUUCUAGUAUCAAGAAGAAGCUUAUCUCCCAUGAACAUGUUCCGGCUUUGACCUCUUUUGCUGCCGAUGUUCAUAACUCAAACCCUAAUUUGAUUCUCGGUGCUCAACAGGAUCAGCUCUUUCUUUCUUCCCCAACUGCACCAUUGCUACAAAGCUUUGUUCAUCAUCAUCAUACAGAUUUUAAGUCGAACUCUUGUAGCUCAGACACGAAUUUGGUUCACCAUCAUUUCCAAUUGACACCGAUGCUCCCACCGCAACUUCCGCUUCCGCCUCCACCUUCCUUCGACCCUUUGUGGACAUUGCCGUUUGCAGUACCCCAACACGAUCUCCACGAUCAUCAAGAUCUAGAAGACGUGUUCGUUAACGACAACACCUUAAUGUCUCCUUCUCCGACCGUGCCCAAAUUAUGUGAAAUCCUCGAAGGGAACAUGAUCUGCAACAUCCCACACACGUCGGUUUCGUUAGAGAACAACAUCGAUCCACUCGUCUCGAGGUUCUCGUCUUGUUUCCCGAUGCCUGGUGUUGCCGGUUCGAACUAUGCACACGAGAUUCAGGUGGAAACAAGCCGGCUGGUGGAGUACAAUAUCGGUACCAUCAUCACAUCGUUGCCUUCGUCUUCCUCGUCGUCAUCAUUAUCAGCGUUGUCCGGCUGGCAGUAUUUGACAAACCCUAAUCUUCCUUCAUCCACCUGGGAGCCUUAGGCACAUGGCGGAUUCAACUCCGUCUUGUAGUAUGAUCUUCUAGGUAUUUUCUCUA